AAAAAUGUUUACUAUUUCUUUAAAAAUGUUAAUGCAAAAAAAAUUUCAUAGGAUGUUUAAUAUUUUUACAGAAGAAAACACUUCUUUUUGUGACCUUUUGCGUCUUUGGGACUUGUGCGGAUACUGCCAACAAUUUGCAAUAACAAAAAGAACUUCAGCUACAGAGACAGUAAAACCGCCUGCCGUUACUACACGUAGACCGACCGCAAAAGAACAAAAAGCUACUGAGCCACAAACUUUGAAAAUCAGCACUCAACCGCCAGCCUAUUUACCGCCCACCAAAAGAACGCAGACGUCAGCUACUGCACGUAUUCCUACAGUAACUGUAUUUAACACAACAUACAGAGCAACAUCGAUAGCUCCUGCAACAACUUAUAAAGCAACAAUAGGUGCGCAGACGACUGCGUAUUUAACGACUACCCGAGUUCCAACUAUAAAAACCGGAAGACCACCAAUUACGACAACAGGGAAACUUUCAACAACAUCAAAACUAAUAACUCAAACGCCAAUUCAAACUUAUCUACCGCCUUCCAUUAAGCCACAAACACCAGCAACAACAGCAACGGAAAGAAGUUAUACAGAAAAAACAAAAAUUCCUACAACAAGCUAUGGAACAACAAGCAGUAUCCCAACAACGUUUUUCAAAGCAACAACAGGUCCCUCCACAACUAUUUACGUGCCCACGCGAGCUUCAACGACAGUAAGAACCGUAUCACCAACUACAACAACACGAGAACGUCCGACCACACCAAAACAAAUAACUCAACCACCAACUCAAAAAACGA